UGUUAUAGCUAACCCAAAAACCAAAGAAGAAUGAAGAAGUAGACUCCAUAUCCAACACUGAAACAGUGAAACCCAUAUAACCCUUCAGAGGGUUAUAUCUCAACCUCAACUUUAUCAGACAAUGGCGGUCUGGGAUUCACAUUCCCCAUCUUCAAUUGUUCACAAGAUGAUGAUUGUGGGUGUAUAGUUUUGGUGGUGGCCAUAAUGUUCUGUAUAAACCCAGCAACACAUUUGCUUUAGAAGCUUACGGGAACAUGAUACAUUAGUCGAAUAAGAAAGAAAAGGUCAUUGGGAGCUGAACAUAAGAGUAGAUGAUUGGUUUGUGGUUGUUGGGAUCUGUUGAAGGUUUGAGAUAUUCUAGUUAUUAACCUCUGUUGGAGGAGGGUUUUGGAAGAGAAGGGGGGAGUAAUGGUGGCCAUUGGCGGUCAGGAGCCAAUGCAGGAGCCAGGCAACGGGGAGAGGAUACUUGUUUCUGUUCGGCUGCGCCCUCUGAGUGAGAAGGAGACUGCCAGGAAUGAUGUGUCGGAUUGGGAAUGCAUUAAUGAAAACACUGUCAUAUACAGGAACAACCUUUCGAUUUCUGAGCGCUCCAUGUACCCAACUGUCUAUACAUUUGACAGAGUGUUUAGUAAUGAUUGCUCCACAAGGCGGGUGUAUGAAGAAGGAGCCAAGAAAGUUGCUCUUUCAGUUGCCAGUGGUAUAAACUCAAGUAUUUUUGCAUAUGGACAAACAAGUAGCGGAAAGACGUACACUAUGAGUGGAAUUACCGAGUAUGCUGUUGCAGAUAUAUAUGACUACAUAGAUAAGCAUGAGGAGAGAGAGUUUGUGUUAAAAUUUUCUGCCUUGGAGAUUUACAACGAAUCUGUUAGGGAUCUUCUUAGUGCAGAUACCACUCCCCUUAGGCUUCUGGAUGAUCCUGAGAGAGGUACAAUUGUUGAAAGACUUACUGAGGAAACUCUUAGGGACUGGAAUCAUUUUAGAGAACUUCUAGCCAUAUGUGAAGAUCAAAGACAGAUAGGAGAAACAUCUUUAAAUGAAGCAAGCUCCAGAUCUCAUCAGAUUCUCAGAUUGGUAAUAGAAAGCUCAGCACGUGAGUUUCUUGGCUAUGACAAGUCAAGCUCUCUUACUGCUAUGGUGAACUUUGUCGAUCUUGCUGGAAGUGAGCGUGCAUCCCAGACUUUAUCAGCUGGAACAAGGUUGAAAGAGGGUUGCCACAUAAAUCGCAGUUUACUAACUCUGGGCACUGUUAUCCGUAAGCUGAGCAAGGGAAGAAAUGGGCAUAUUCCUUAUAGAGAUUCAAAGCUAACUCGCAUAUUACAGUCCUCCUUAGGUGGAAAUGCUAGAACUGCCAUCAUCUGUACUUUGAGUCCCGCACAUAGCCAUGUCGAGCAAUCAAGAAACACCCUUUUGUUCGCUAGUUGUGCUAAAGAAGUAACAACAAAUGCACAGGUUAAUGUAGUCAUGUCAGAUAAAACAUUGGUGAAGCAUCUGCAAAAAGAAUUGGCUAAAUUAGAGAAUGAGUUGAAAUCUUCCGGGACAAAGAUUGGUCCAGCUGAUUCUUCUACACUUCUGAGAGAAAAAGACCUUCAAAUUGAAAAGCUUAAGAAAGAGGUGUCAGAGCUGACUUUACAACGAGACCUUGCUCAGUCUGAGGUUAAGGAUCUGGUACGAGUGCUUGAAGAUGAUAAGCCAUCAUCAGUGGAUCUUGAUCGUUAUUACCCCAAAUUGCGAGUGCGAAAUUCAUGGGAAAACAUUGAAACUCAACCAUCAGGAAUACCUAUUCUGGCUGGUUCUCACCACCGCCGAGGCAGUGUUAGAUCAUUUGGCACAUCUCAGUAUUCAGAUGUAGACAGUAGGACGAGUUCUGAGGAUACUCUACCCCAACGUCCAGACUUUGAUGACAAUUUCCUGAUCCCACACGUGUUCUCGUCCAGCCAGUUGUCAGUUAGUAAUUCCAUUGAUGCAAAUCUGCAUCAGGAGGAGAACAAAGAACAGUCUGAUGUAAAUUCAGAGGAUGUUUGCAAGGAAGUCCGGUGCAUUGAGAUGGAAGAGUCAAACACAAACAGAUUUGUUCCAUCAAAUAUAUCAUAUUCCAGCAGAAGCAGAUACUCAAAUUUCUCAUCUCCUGCAGCAAACACAGCUACCUCAGGAUUGACAGUGGUUGAGAAUGGAGAUGGCACUAAUAAGUCUCCCCUAUUGAACCAUAAAGGUUUUGUAAUUCCAUCUCCUGAAGAGACAUCUCAAUGGUUCCCAGAGAAAGAGACGCCCACUCCCUUGAUCUACAAGUUAAGGCGGAGUAGAAGUUGUAAAGCAAGUCUUUUGACCAGCUUCUCUUCCUGUUUGUUUGAGAUGGGAGAGAAGAAUGAGGAUACGCCUUUGAUUGAGUUCGAGAAAAGUUAUGAUGAGAGCACACCUCCAACCGAGUUUGAGAAAAAAUUUGUAGGAAGGCCCAAGGGUCUACAGAAGAAACUUCCUUCAUUCAAGUAUGAUAGUGAGAUUGAAAGGUUAUCACAAAAUGAUUCUCAGGCUUCUGCAAGAACUCCACCUUUUGAUGAGUGCAAACCAUAUAAUACUGAAUCCACAACUAAUGACAAGAGUAUUGAAGCAAGUUCUUUAGUUGAAGAAACGAAGGAAUUAACCACAACUGAUGACAGGACUACUGAAAGCAGUUCUUUAGUUGAAGAUACGAGGGAAACAACCACAACUGAUGACAAUGAGAAGACUACUGAAAGAAGUUAUUUAGUUGAAGAAACUGAUGACAAGAUUACUCAAAGCAAUUAUUCAGUUGAUGGAAUAACGGAAAUGAUGGACACCCAGAGCACUACUCAACUUCCUGAUUCGAUGUUAUCGGGGACUGAUACGACACCUAUACCAGAGACUCUACCAGAGACAGAUGCAAGGUCUACACCAGAGACAGAUCUAAGGUUGAUACCAGUGGAUUGGCCUGUACAAGAGACAGGUUUAAGAUCGAUACCAUCUACGAGGGAGGUAAAAGAUGUUGGCUUGGACCCAAUGCCUAUGGAUGAGGAAAAUGAUUCAACGUGGCCAUCAGAAUUUAAGCGGCUGCAAAGAGAGAUUGUUGAACUUUGGCACGCUUGCAAUGUAUCGUUGGUUCACAGGACUUACUUCUUCCUGCUAUUUAAAGGUGAUCCAAGUGAUUCUAUAUACAUGGAGGUUGAGCUCAGGAGAUUGUCCUUCCUUAAAGGCACCUUUCUAAAGGGAGAUCAAGCUUUCGAAGAUGGUCUAACACCCGCUUCAAGCCUGAGGGCUUUAUGCAGUGAGAGACACAUGCUGAGCAAGCAAAUGAGCAAGAGGCUCUCCAAAGACGAAAGAGAUAACCUCUACCUAAAAUGGGGUAUUGGCCUAAACUCGAAGAAUAGGAGGUUGCAAUUAGCAAAUCGCCUGUGGAGUGAUACAAACAACAUGGAUCACAUUUCAGAUAGUGCUAAUGUUGUUGCUAAGCUGGUUGGUUCAGUAGAGCCAGAGCAGGCUUUCAAGGAAAUGUUUGGACUAAGAUUUACACCUCGAGAAUCUACGACAAGGCGGAGAUCUUACCGUUGGACAGAGAGUUUGAAGCAUCUGGUUUAAGCUUGUUCUGGGAUUAACAUUGUAGAAGUUUUGAGGGCGUCUGAUACCAUUAAUGUAUAUGGUUAUGGUUCCUUGGCAAAUAUUCCAUUUGCUAUUGUCCCUGUUCUAAUUGUAUUCGACUGUAAGAAAGGUUGUAAAUUUGCUCAGGCUAGAUGUAAGGUUUGAUGCUUCCUAGUA